GUCGUGACGGCAAGGGCAUAGGAGGGAGCAGUCUUCGUGCCUUCAACUCUCCAGCACCAUGACGAAGGGAACGGCCUCGUUUGGUAAGAGGCAUAACAAGACCCACACGGCCUGCCGGCGGUGCGGUCGCACCUCCUUCCACAAGCAGAAGAAGGUCUGCUCUUCGUGCGGCUAUCCCGGUACCAAGAUGCGCCGCUUCAACUGGUCCGAGAAGGCGAAGCGCCGCCGCACUCAGGGCACCGGUCGCAUGAGGAGCAUGAAGACCCUCCCCCGCCGCUUCAAGAACGGCUUCCACGAGGGAGGCUCCGCCCCCAAGAACGGCCCGUCCCAGGCCUAAGCGAUAUCUGGAGCGUGGUCUGGACCUCGCUGCUCCAACCUUCAGCGCUAGAACCCUUGCGAUUGCAUUGAGGCGAACCGCCUGCAACGCAUCGUUGGAAUUUUUUCUUCCAUUUGAAGCCGGCGACGGAAUGGAGGGCUUGGAAACGAAGGGGUCAUGGUUGGGGUUUGGUAGAACUGGAUGCUUGCUUUGCCUAUUGUCGCGUCACGACACACGGAGGGGGAAGUCACGGCGACGGCUCGUCUUGUUUGUAUUUUGGAAGCAGUGUUCCUUGCCGUUGUAGGUGAAGGGCAAUCAGUGUGAAUGGUGGGCGGGAAUUGCAUCCGGAGAAACAAGUACAACAGCCGAGCAGUGCUGGAACCUCAAAUAAUUUUGGUCAAAUCCAAGCAGCGAUGACUGCUGGCCACAUGGGUCUUGACCAGCCCCCCAUAUUGCGUCAUUCAACCAGGCGCGCGGUCGCCGGUUUGAACUACGGCAGCAGCGACCUCUUUCUUACCACAAUCGCUUGGCUCAUUGCAAUGAUGCCACGGCUGCAACACAAGUGGUCGGUGUGCCUUGUGACCAUUUGGGAAAUACCUACACGAGUCCUGCUGUGGGUGUCCAUUUAGAGCUACCCAUUAGGGUAGUACUGUAGUCACAAACGCUCCUUGCGCUACAUUCCGAGUCACUGAUGCGUUGAACGCCCGACAUAACUUGGUGCAGAACCCAAGGGUUCAUUUUGCCCUGCGACCUGAAAACGCGGGAUUUUCACCCCUGGUCGCGACUUUCGUCAUUACCAACCUC